AUGUCGCAAGUCCAACAAUACUGGCUCCCAGGAUAUGGACUAUCCCGUCAUAUCGUCCUCGGACAUAUCCACUAUUUCCUCGGUCCCACUGCUUCAGUCCGGCCAUAUAGCUACCAGGAGCAAAUCGACGAUUUGGCUACCAUGUCUCGAGAAUACGAGAAACAGGAAGCUCUACGCAUGACAAACCAAAUUCAGAAUACCAAUGGCCAUGCUUCAUCCCGACAUUCGGAGCCCUAUAUCAAUGAACUGAUACCGGUUGAAACCUCCCGGGCACGUCGACACCCAGAACAGGAGACCAGAAGUAGACGGUAA